UUAUAUUAGUGCAGAACACGUACCUUUAAUUUAAAUGCCCUUUGGAGUCUGCUGGGGGAAGAGAAAUAAUACUGAUCAGUCAGUAUGACAUGCAGAUAGAUGCCGUCGAUCUUAGAAUCACCGCACACUUCACUCAUUUGGGCAGUCACGGGGCCAAAACCAGUGUGGAGCCACAGUGUGGCGGUGGAGGCAGCACAAUGGGAGGCCAUACAGCACCCUAUGACAAAAUGGAACCCACCAGCAGUGUGAGGAGACCUGAAAGUGGCACAUGGCAGAGUGUGGCGAUGGAGACAGCAGCAAUGGAGGCCGUACAGGGACCCAUGACAGACUCUGGACCUGGCAGCAGCAUGAGGAGGCGGUACAGGGGCCCGGGGCCCAUUGGCCUGGGCAGUCAGCAUGAGGAGGCGGUACAGGGGCCCCAUGGCAGAGUGGCAAGCGUAUAAGCAGCUUAAAUUGAAGGCCAUACAGAGGCCUAUGUUAAAAAGUCCCCCCAGCAGCAGUGUGGGGAGACGACAUCAAGAGUCCAAUGGCAGAGUGGCGGAGCAGAAGCAGCUUCAAUUGAAGGCCAUACACAGUCCUAGGUUAAAAAGUCCCCCCAGCAGCAGCGUGGGGAGACG